UGCUGAACCGGUUGCUCCGUACUGCAGAGAAAAACAAGCUACUAUAAUUUAUCAGAUUUUCUGAUUGAAUUGUUCUUCUUCUGGAGGCUUUCUAAUUCGAUCAGUUUUUAGGGUUUUUCCUUUUGUGUGUGCAGAUAUAGAGAGGAGGAGAGACGGUAAUGGCAGCGCAGGAGAAUGUUAAGCAUCUUGAAGACUGUUCAGUUGCCAACGCAUUAGGGACAUGGUUUUUCUCAGUAGCGGGCGCAUUGAUAGCGAUUCCAGUAGGCAUAAAGAAGAAAUCACUGGCACCACUUGUAUUCUUCGGCACAACAGGGACGAUGCUUGAUAUUAUCAUGGGUAUCAGUCAAUGUGAAAGAGAGCAUGCAGAACGCCAAGCACAGCUAUUAGAAGCCCAAAAUUCACCAGCUAAUGCAUCAUCUUCAGAAACCUCUUGACCCCAAAUUGCUUGCUUCCCGCCAUAUAUUUAUUUCCUUUUGUUGUCUUUUGGCUAUGACUUUGUUUCUGAAACAUGUUAUUCGACGUACACAAUGAAUUUUGCCAACAGUUAAUUUCACGGAACAAUUUGUUCUAACA